CUCAGAACCAGCCGGUGAGGUGCUGCUGAUGCGUUUCCAAGACGGCUUCGGCAAGAGAAAACGACUCGGAGCUGCUCUGUGCAUGAAGCUGAAGAGCUGAUCCGAUCCACGUGCUGAUCUAUCUGGGGUUCCACAGAUCAGCAGCUGCUGAUGCAGAUGCUCUGACACAGACGGCUUGCGGAGAUUGGGAAGCUCUUAUCGCUGCGGGACCCGUUCGUCGUUCGAGAAAAGGAUGAUCUCGGUGAUGGGUGGCUCUCGCGUCCUCUAUCUCGUUGCGGCUCUCCUGGCGGCCUUGCCACUGCUCGUUUCCAGCAAGGAGAACUUCAACGUCGAAGUCGAGUUGAUCUCGCCAUGGCCGUCCGUCUCCCCCGUGGCCGAGCUGUUCGAACUCAUGACCGACUUUGACCCACACGAGGCCCUCUCCUUCCUAUACGACCUCACUGAGGCCGCCCAGGCCGCCCCCGCCACGUCGAGAAUCGACAUCGCAUUCGACACGUUGCAGCGCUUCAUCAAAUCGCCCCUCACCCUGACCUUCCUGGACAUGUGUGCGAGCAACCACCUGCACUCGCCCAAGGUGGAGAUGUUCCGUACCCUUGAGAGGGACGCCUUGGCGCAUUUCCCCGGGCUGAUGCAUCGCUGCAACUCGUCAUGGGCGAUCGUGCACCCUCCCGCGUGUGACGGCGGGGUGCCCUCAGGGAUGCCCAUAUCGGCUUGCGACCCGGUUUCCCUCAAGGAGGCGGUCUCGCGCGUCGACCGCACAGUCAGCGCCCACAUGGAUAGGGCCGACUCUCCGUGGUGCACCAUCGACUACCCCUAUGGCUUCACCGUCGUCAAACACCACGAACACUUCAUGCGGCGGCCGGCCGUCAACCAGACGGGCAGGCCUGUGGGGAUGGUGGUUGUGUACGGUGACCUGGAGGACCCGUCAGUGGACGGCAUGGUGUCGGCUGUGCGUGCCAUGGUGGACGAGUGGGAUCGGGCAGAGGGGAGCAUGGGCAUGGGCAUGGAGUGGGGGGCGGUGUUCAGACACGGCGAAAUGACGUCGAGCGCCAGGCGGCCGGGGAGGUAUGACUAUCUGUCUGGCUUUGGGAUGGAGCUGGCGGUCAAGAGCAGCGAAUACAAGGCGGGUCAGUGAGGGAGUGAGGGCAUCGAUGCACUGAGAGGAGGGGUCACAUGGUCAUUGGUGUGACUUUGUGUGUGUGUGUGGAUGGAUGGAUGGAUGGAUCAGUUGACGAGAAGGAUGUGGAUCAGAAGGGCGGGAUGAAGGCUGAAGACGACAAGGGUGACAGGGAUGACACUGACGAUGACGAGGCGGUGGAGGACGCUUUGCAAAGGGAAAAGGAAUCACUCACAGACAAUAACGGUACACACACACACGCGCACACACACGGCCAAUCGAGAAGGGUUGACGACCACCCAUGGUCUGUGUGCAGGUGAGGGUCUUGAAGGUCUUCUGUUCGCGACACUCGGCAGCCGGUAUCCCUCCCUCACUCCCCACCUGGCGGCCUACCAGGAGUCCCUCGACACUGAGCUCGACUCUGAUGAACUGCUCAAGGCUUGGCAGCUGGAGAAACUGGGUCAAUUCGAACACACCAUACCAUACAUACCAAUGACGAAGUCAAUUUACGUGCUUUGCUGUUGUCUGCUUCCUUCUGUCUGUCAUGGUGGUGCAGGUCUGCAGGCGGUGAGCAAGGCCAUGUCCAGCACCAACCCCCUCUACACUCUCAUCCAAAUCGGACAAAACUUCCCCGCACAGGUCUGUCUGUCUGUAAAGGAAGGGUACACACGCAGACAGACACUGGAGCCCGUCACCCGCCAACAUCUCUUCUCUGCGGCAGGCCCUCCGUCUGUCCAAAGUGUCGGUGCUGCCCACGGUCGAGAAGGCCCUCAACCGGCUGCACCGGCGUGUCUACGAGCGGUCGACCUUCCUCUCACUCAACGGCCGCUGGGCGAGGCCCUCCGACCUGACUACCCUCCAGCUGCUCAAAGACCUCGGCCCCGUGUUCCUGGGACUGGAGCUGCUGCAGCGGCUGGGCCUGCCGUCCACUGCCGCCGUCAAGCUGCUGUCGUCCUCUGCGCGGGGGAUGGAGGCGUCGCGGGUGGACUGGCGGCCGCGGAAGGACGAGGGGGGGAGUGUGGGUGGCAUGGCGGCCAUCUUCGAUGUGACGAGUGACGAGGCGACGCAGGACUGGUACGACCUGUCGGCGUUGCUUUACAUGUGGCCGAGGAACCUGGCACCCGUGCGGGCACCCCUUUACCAAGUUGUGAUGGUGAUGGACCCCCUGGAUGGGCCCGUGCUGUCCCUGGCCGGCAAGAUGCUCAUGCGGCGACUGCCAAUGAAGCUCUGGUUCGCAUUCGUCCCGUCGACAGAGGAGCAGCCCGACGCGACAUGGGACGAGGAGCUGCUCGGCGCCCCGCCGGCGUGGGUCGUGGCAGCGCGUGACGCCAUCCCCUCCGUCGCCCCCUCAUCCAGGUCCCCCGCCUUCAUCUCGCGCGUCAUUGCCGAGUGCUACGGGCAGCUGCUGAAGAAGGGCAAGUACAAGACGCAGAAGAACGCGCGAAAGUUCGUGUCGUCGCUCGUGAGCCUGGUCACCUCCCAAGAGAAAAAGCAGAAGAAGGCGGCCGCAAAGGACACCAAGGACACACCCCCAUUGCACUCACAGCAGGCCCCCACCACCCCGCCCACCCUGACCGAGAGCGAGAUCAAGAAGGUGUUCGUGAGCUCUGGCGGGGAUCAGCCCCUGUGGGACACCAUAUGGUCCGGGAAGGUGCACCAGUACAGCGACGGCAUGGCGGCGUACGUGGCGGAGAAGGGCCUGCAGAGCGGGACAGCGAUGGUCAACGGGCGGCUGGUGGGGCGGGACCGGCUGCUGGCCACCGACAGCGACCCCUUCAUCAGGUACAUGCAGUACGACCAGGAAGAGUUCCAACGGGCUCUCAUGACCGGUGCGUUAGGCACAACACACACUACACACGGCCCGCCCCACGACGGGACACUCUCACUGCUGCUGUGCUUGGGUGUGCAGGGUGGCUGGAUGAGGACACCGACCCAGCGGAGGCGAUUCUGACGGACGGCGGCUUUCCCUCGGCCUAUCCCGGCAUCGUGCCGCUGCCAGAGGACGCCGAGGAGAACGCGCCACCAGAGGUGGCUGCUUCGACUAUCGGUGAGAAUUGACCCAUUCAAGAAGACCGCGCGUGUGUGGAUGUGUAUGUGAAUGUGUAUUGUUUGUCGGGCCUGGCAGGCCCCGCGACCAUCUCUUAUGCCAAUGUUGACGCGGGGCUGCUGAGACAGCUGCCGUGGGUCGAGGCGGAACCCGAAAGGUACGCGCGUGAGCAUCGCCACCAUUCGUCCUUCCAUCCAUCCAUCCAUCCAUCCAUAUGUGUCUGUCUGUGUGUCUGUAUAUAUCAGCACCAAGGACCCCCUGCUGCCCGUGCUGCACACCCUCAUCCUGCCCCUCCCCUCCUCAUGGUGGACCCUCCUCGACACCUUCGCCGACCACCUGCUCGACCUGCAGAAAAGGACCGACACAAAGGACCCCCACGCCGUCAAAUCCCGACUCGCUAUCGUCGUGGCAGACUCUCCUGACGACCUUCCAGCAGCAGCAACAGCAGCAGCAGCAACAUCGGUUCUGCGCGCGUGCCUGCAAGUGGCCAUGCGGACAGAUGAUGCCGCAACCGCCAUGGACGAGGAGAACGAGGCCUCUGUUAGCGCGCGUGAGAAGCUCAAGUUCCUGCGCUACCUUGGGAUGACCGGCCGGACGGCUGGGGCCAUCAAGAGGAGGGCGGGGAUGGGUGAGCUGAGUGCGGGCGAGGUGGGGGAUCUGUGUCGGAUGGGCAUGGCCAAGAAGAUAAACCCCGCGGCGAGCAAGAGGCUGGUCGGGGAGUUUGACAAGGUUGUCAAGGGGACAAAGGGUGGUGGUGGGGUGGUGGAUGGGGUGGAGGCGGAAAUCCUGAGAUCGGUCGACUUCGAUGACGUCACUAGUAAGCGAAUGAGAGAGCAUAGCAUCUGUGUGGAGAGGGAGGUUGUGCCAUGGUUCGUUUCGUGUGUGUCAGGGAGGCAUCCAGGCGAAGAUGUGGCGCUGGUCCUCACCAACGGCCGCAAGACCGUCCUUCACCGGCCGCGAGACGCUGUCCCCCCUGCUGUCAGCAGCAACACGUCCUCCUCCCUCCCCGCUCCCUCCCCCCCAUUCCUCCCCUGCCAUGUCAGCCUGCUCGAGUACCUCGCACACACACGGGAAGGCCCACAGAGCUCCAGGGAGUCCAUCACGGCCAUACUCAGCAACACCACCACCGACCCCUAUCUGAUAGCCUCUGCGUCGGGGAUCCGUGCCGCGUACACGGCGCACAACACGGAUUUCUGGAGCGUGCCGGAGCAGGUCUACGAGCAGACCAAGGGGGCCAUCCAGCUGCACCUCGCGCCAGUGGAUGCGGAGGUGCCGCCGCCUGUGAGGAUAGUCGGGGUGAUCGAUCCGCUCAGCAGUGUGGCCCAGGGGCUGCUGCCGAUCUUUGAGAUGCUCCACAUAUGCCUCAACGCCGAGGUAAGACGGCAAACAGAGGGACGGAGUGCUGUGGUAUGGUGGUGGUGGUGGUCUCAGUCUCUCUCUAUCUGUGUCUCGUGUGUGCAAGGUUCAAGUGGUGUUGAAUCCCGCGACCCGCUAUGCCGAGUAUCCGCUGAAGCGCUACUAUCGGCAGGUCAUGGCAUGGCCCAAGCGGGGAUUCUUCAAUCCCACGGGAGUCAAAGGUGCACCUUCCCCCCUCUCACCAACACACACACACACACACACACAGAGAGAGAGAGAGAAAGCCGUCCAUCCAUCCACUGUGUGUGUGGUUGUUUUGCCAUCUCUGUAUCUUCAGAGCGUGCCACCGACGUGCCCCGAGCGGUGUUCAGCGGGCUGACGACCCAGCACACCCUGACGGCGGCCAUGCAUGUGCUGCCCUCCUGGCUGGUGCGGGCCUACGAGGCCGAGAAGGACCUCGACAACCUGCGGCUAGUCGACCUCGGCGCACCCAACCCUUCACAAGGAUGCAGGCACGCUCGCUCACACGCACCGACACCAAAUGGGGGGAAAGCACACCUCUCUCUCUUUGUUGUGUGUGUAGGGGCACUGUGCGAGCGGUGUACAUGCUCAACCAUCUGUUCCUGGAGGGGCAGAUCUACGAGUUCAACGAGCGGGGUCAGCCCCUCGGCAGCCCCGCCGGCGUCUAUCUCGCGCUGCAGAAGCCUCCCAUGGCCAGAUUCCCCCUGCCAACCACCACCACCACCGACACUGACGCACACAACGCAUCCAUGUCAUCACAGAACAGGACGGCCACCGACGAGCAGCAGCAGCAGCAGGAGCCGCCCCCGCUGCACGACACUCAGGUGAUGCGCAAUCUGGGUUACUUCCAGCUCAAGGCCAAUCCCGGCGUCUUUGUGGUGGAGAUUGCGUACCCCGACCCAGCCACCGACGACAACCCUCCACCAGGUGAGAUAGAUGAGUCCGUGAAAAGCCUGCAUCUCACCGGGGGGUGUCUGUGAUGUGGAUGCCUGUCUGUGUCUGUGUCUGUCUGUGGCUGUCAGCUCCUGUGGAGAUCUCGUCGUUCUUCACUCAGCCGCACGUCAUCAAGCUGCAGAAGCCGAGUGACGCCGAUGCGGCCAAGGGCGGGGACAAGAAAAAGAGCGGCACCAGCGGGCAGGAGGACAAGCCAGGGUUCUGGAAGAGCCUCACGGGGCUGUUCAAAGGUACGCACCCACCACCACGAGAGAGAAUGGAUGGAUGAUGGGACGGGUGGUGGAUGGUGUAUGGGUGCAGGGGAGAACAAGACAACUGACGUGAGCUCCUCCUGUCCGACGGUGCACAUAUUCUCCCUUGCGUCUGGCCACCUGUACGAGCGGCUGCUGCGGAUCAUGAUCAAGUCUGUGCGGCAGAACACCCGCUGUCCGCUGCACUUCUGGUUCAUCGACAACUUCCUCAGCCCCAAGUUCAGGGAACUCAUCUCCUACAUGGCCGCCAGGUAAGCUUGUAGACGUGCACUGCAACUGGAUGGAGGCCAAUCUAUCCACGUGUGUUUGGUGUGCGUGUCAACAUGUUAUCAGGUAUUCCUUCGAUUACCAGUUUGUGACCUACAAGUGGCCGAGCUGGCUGAACCCCCAGACGGAGAAGCAGCGGCUCAUCUGGGCCUACAAGAUCCUCUUCCUCGACGUGCUCUUCCCCACCUGGCUCAACAGGGUCAUCUACAUCGACGCCGACCAGAUCGUCAGGGCCGAUGUGCGCGAGCUGUGGGACAUGGACCUCAAGGGCAAGGUCUACGGCUACACGCCCUUCUGCUCGGAGGGGCCGGGGAGCAAUGCCGCCACCGAGGGCUUCCGCUUCUGGAAGCAGGGCUACUGGAAGAACCAUCUGGGAGACCUCUCUUACCACAUCAGGUGAGAAGGUGGGGGUCUGUGGUGCGGGGGAGAGGGGAGAGUGCCUUAUCUGAUGGGUGUGAUGUGUGUCGCGUGUGCGUUGCAUCAGCGCCUUGUAUGUGGUGGACCUGAAGGAGUUCAGGCGGCAAGGGGCGGGUACGCUACGCCGAUCGAUCUCCACUGACGUCAUUCAUUGCCAUAUGCUAUGCUAUUAUGUGCCCCUUGUGUUGUGUGUCGGUUUGCCCACCCCACCGUGGGCUCACUCACUCACCGCACCCAGGUGACCGUCUCCGGUCGGUGUACAACCAGCUGAGUCGCGACAAGAACAGCCUGGCCAAUCUGGACCAGGACCUACCAAACUACGCUCAGCACGACAUACCCAUUUUCUCACUCCCGCAGGUCAGCUCAGCUCAGCCACACAUGACAUAAUGACAGACACACAUACAGGACAUACAGCACCGACACACGCCAGACACACCUCCACGACUCUCUCCCUCACUUUGUCUCCCUCUCUCUGCCUGUCGUGUGUGAUGUGAAGGAGUGGUUGUGGUGUGAGACGUGGUGUGCCAACGAGACGAUGCCGAUGGCCAAGACGAUUGACCUUUGCAACAACCCCCUCACCAAGGAACCCAAGCUGCACCAGGCCAAGAGGAUCGUCAAGGAAUGGACAGACUAUGACGAGGUAGGGAGGCACCUGACCCGAGCGCCGCGACACAGAACACACACAGCUGGGAAGAGAGGGCCACACACCUUCAUGAGACAGACACCUGGUGGGAUGUGUGUGUGUGUGCGUGCGCAGGAGAUCCGUGCGUUUGAGUUGGAAGUGGAGAAUAUGUUCAGUCUUGAUCAGAGCAGCGUCGCCAACGACACCAUCUCGGUCACCGUCAACCCCGCAGCAGAGUCCCCUACCGGCAGCAGCAGCAGGCAAUCCCGGCCAUCCCCCCCUCCCUCCCCACCCUCAUCUGGCCAACAUGAGCCACCACACGACGAGCUGUAGAGCUGUAGGUAGCCACGUGUGUGGUUCGGUGUGUGUGUGUGUUGUGGUGUGUAGACACACGGACAGACAGACAGACAGACAGACAGACGGGCAGGGGCCCCUAUCGCAUUCGUUGGCGCGUGAGCGCACAGCACCAGUCAGCUGCGUGUUUCUGGGUCGUCUGUGUGUGGGUGUGUGUGAGUGUGUGCGUGACUUGAGGUGUCGUGUUUGUCGUGUGUCCAUCGUCCAUCGCCGCCCCGCGAAGGCCGGGGGGUUUUGUGUUUGACCGAUUGGCCAAACCGACAAGUGGUGGAAUGAGAAGUGAGACUGAGUGGAGGAGGGGUACCGUACCAUAGUGCUAACUAAUUCAGGUCAGUCAUGGUAUGCUGGUGACUCACGGGCUGGCUGGCCUGCUGCUGCAUUCGAUGAUGCGUGUGCAUCGCAUCAUGAUCUCUUCAUGCGCAACAACCACAUUGUGACGCCAGUCUUAGUUGAUGGCGUGGUGCGACAGACUGUGUGGCGUGGCGCGGUGUGGUGUGGUGUCUGUGCGUGGGCAUCCCACGCGUGUGUGUCGUGUGUAUCAAUGGCGAACGGCUAUUCAAGGGACCGUAAUUAAUAUAUAUUCGAUGCAUGCAUAAACAUCACUUCCC